AAACUUCUCCAUGCCCUACUCGGCAACUGAGAGAAUGAGUUUGCGAUUCAGAUUCAGCAGCCGUCCUGCUGCGACGCAGCCUAUUGUACUCAAUGAACAAGCUAUUGUGGAGAACCUUACCCAAGAUAAGGUAAAAAGGAUGUGGGCGACCAGCAGGACAUGGGAGGACGAACAGCUCUACUUAGUCCAUGAUCAAGGCAUUGCUGGCAUCACUCUCCCAUGCACACUGGUAGUCAAGAAGUUCCAAAACAUGAACCCAGCACUGCAAGUAGACGACAAUGUCCAGUACCGCUACAAGUCGGAAAUGAUCCUGUUAGCCAGCAACUCUCACGACAACAUCAUCAAAGUCGUAGACCUCAUCCAGAGGGAAGACGCCAUCAUGCUCGUUUACGAGUAUCCGGUGAACGGCAGCCUUCAAUCCUGGUUGCACCAACCCAUGGACGCCGGUCAGCCGCUGAGCUGGCCGCAGAGGAGGGCCAUCGCCAUUGGUGUGGCCAAAGGGCUCUGCCACUUGCACCAUGAGUGCAAGAAGCCGAUUGUCCACCACAACAUCAACUCUAGCAGCAUCUUGCUUGAUCAAAAUUUCAAGGCCGUGAUAGCCAGUUUUGACGUUGCGCAGAUGAACAUGGCUGGGCUCGGCCAACCGUUGCCAGUCACGGACCUGCCUCCUGGUAACUUUGGGUAUGCAGCUCCAGAGUAUGGGAGAGCGACGAACCAGGUGACUGAGAAGGCAGACAUAUACAGCUUCGGUGUACUGCUGCUAGUACUAGUCACGGGGCGGGUGGCCAAUGGACCUGGAGGGAAUGGUCUACUGGCAACUUGGGCACAGAAGAAGUGCAAUGAACUGAUGGCAAACAAUCUUAAAAUGUUCAAGAUUACUGUGGGCAAGGGCAUGCCUAAUCAAGCGCGAUACAUGAAGGAGAUGGCUACCAUGUUCAGGCUGGGCGUGGAUUGCACCGUCAGGGAUCCACAGGAAAGGCCUUCAAUGCUCAAGGUUCUGGAACGACUCCGCCGCGGGCGCUCUCCAUUCCGUGGCCUCCUCACCUUCUAAUUACCGUGAGGUCACCUGCAAUCUUACUAAGUUCCAGUCGUUUUUUUUUCGUUGGACUGAUCGUCCUGAUUUUUGGUGUGUUUAAGCCUGCUGUUGCGGGUAUUUGAUGGGGGCCUCUGCUACUUCUUGAGCAGCAUGGGAAACCCUUCAGUGCUUGUUGUUGUGGCUGUACUCCGCUGUUCCCUGUUGGUUUGAGCUUGAAAGAGUAAUGGAGACUCUUUUGAUCUCAUCUUCAGAUGAUGUCGGUAUUUAUAUUGUGGUUGUAUCGGUCUCAUAUUACACGCGCGCUGUUGUUUAUGCAAUCCCCAGGAAGUGCAAUUUCAGAAAACUGCAGCAGGGGAACUCCUCUCACGCUGUAUCUGCAAUUAGUAAGAUCGACGUACUCUUCUUUCUCUAUGUUCAGUGCUGAUGCAUGAUGGGGAAAUUGUUUGCAUUUGAAUUCAGUUUCUCCAAACUACACAUGCAGUAUUUGCUAGUAUAUCUUAUUGUUAGUGUAGAAUGAGUGCCAGAUAGAUCUUGUAGUGCUACUUGGGAUGUCAGAAGAGGCUCACGCGUACAUGCCACCCUGCAGCUAUUCUGAAUCUGAUUUUCACACUGCAAUGCAACCAGUUUGAUCGCUCCGGUCUUCAGUAAGCAGAUCACUGAAAGCACACACGCAAAGGGUGAUAUAACUAGGGAACUGAAGAGCCACAUGAAAAAGAAACACAAGACAAGCCAAAUAAUUAAUUCCACAGCUAAUCUUCACGCAUUCAUCCUGCCCUUCCAUCAAAAAGAACAUACCAUCAAACGGUAGAAAAAGGAAAUGCUGAAGCUAGCAAGCAACAUGUUCAGUGCAGGAACAGUCAGCACAAAGGAACACAAAUGUAACAAGUCCUCGCAACUAGCAAGCCGCCAAGGAAUCCAUUCUGAGUCGCAGGUUAACACUUUUUUACUUCACUGACACUUACGAACGAGCAAUACUUUACCUCUGAAUCCAUGAUUGGUUCUGUCAAUUCAACAACGAGCAAUUCUCGAUGUGAACUCGGUCACAGGAGACAACCUUAUGACUUGCAAAAAAGAACUCGGCCAGCUCAAGGCGAAGCGAGUUAUGAGUUUGACUGAUCCUGCGGUCCCUGGCAUGAUUGUUAUGUCAAAUAGCUGCUCACACCUGAAGCAGCGAAAUAUGUUCUCACAAAAAGGCACGACGACCCAAAAUGUUACAUGCACUUGCGGCCUAUCUGAAAAGUUAUUCAAUUGAGUUGCCAUAUAUUCAUUGGGCCAUUUGUG